UUUUCAAGUUUACAGGGACCGAUAGGGACAUAAUAUUGUCAAAAAAUUGUUUCGUUUGAAUCUAUUUAAAAAAAUAUUUUUGCUUUAUUUUUCGUUAGUAUCAGUAUUAAAAAUACAAACUCGUUUACAUAUUUAUUGAAUUAGAAAUAUGGGCCCUCCACCGGUAGUUACUGGAAUAUCUCCAAAGGAAGGCCCUCCAGGCACGAGAGUUACUAUCCGAGGCGAGUUUUUAGGUACCAGUGCCAUAGAUCUUUUUGGCUUGAAGAUUUGUGGAUGUGAUUGCCUACUCUCAGCAGAAUGGAAAAGCAAAAAUAAAAUAGUGGCAAGAUCAGGACCAUGCAAGGGUCGUGGAGACAUCAUAGUCACCACGAAAUCAGGAGGAGAAGGAACUUCUACUGUUCAAUUUAGGGGGUAUCAUGAAUCCAUCGGCCCUGUCAAAGAAAGUGCUGUAUGGGUGGAAGAAUCUAUCCCCCCAUCCAUGCCAUGGGGACGGAGACCAAUGUCGCCAGUUUCCUACACUCCACCUGAUCCUUUAGGACUCUCUACAGAAGGAGAUGAUUGUAAAUUUCCAGAAGAAGAACUUAAUGAAUUGUUUCCAGAUGGAUCAGGUAAACUGUCAGAUGAGAAUUUCCAACCUGGCUGGUAUUUGCUUGAACAUCACAGUAAUACCUCCUAUGAAGACCUAAAGGCAGGAAUGGUGUUUUUGCAGAGAAAGGUUGAGGGACAAAAAGAAGGGCAACUUAGUUUCUUGAAAGCAAAUACAGGAUCUGUGAUGGACCAACUAGAUCGACUUGUACUACUCAAGAACAUGUAUGAAGAAGAUCAAAGGAAGAAUGGCAAGGAGCCAUUGCCUAGUUUGCAAACAGCUAUAGAGGACUCUAUAACUCUGGCUGAUUCCCUAUUUUCUGAGAUACUCUCUCGAAAGGAGAAUGCAGACAAAACCCGCGAAGCUCUCUCAUUGCUCACGCGGCACAAAUUCCUCUUUCAGCUACCCUCAUCUAUAGACAGGAACAUUAGGAAGAAGGAAUAUGAUUUAGUUGUCAAUGAUUAUACAAGAGUAAAAAAUUUGUUUGGAAACACUGAUAUCAAACUGUUUCAAAAAAUUCUUGCUGAAAUCGAUAAAAAAAUUGUGGAUUUGAAAGAAAAAUUACAUACAAGGAUGAAGACCAUGCCUAUUAAUGUUCAGGAACAAACAAACUACAUUAGAUUACUAAUAAGCCUGAAUUGGGAAGGUGAUGCUGCAUGGACUGCUAUCACCACUCGAAAAGACUAUCUCAUGAGUCUCAUGGAGAAAGUAAAAGACCAUUUCAAGAAAAAGGAGGAUCAAGAAAGUAAUGAAAAAGGUAAACGGAAGACCAAGGAGUCUGAAAGUGAGGGUUCCUGGAGUACGACCCGCAUGCUAUGGUGUGGGGCGGCGUGCGGUGCACUGUCCACGGAACUGAACGCUCUGUGGCCUCUCGCGAGGCGGUACUUCGCCGGUGAAUUGGGCGGGCAACCAUCAGCGACAGAACGCCACGAGAGCCUCAAGGAAAUGAUAAUAGCGGCGGUGGAGUUGUUCUCGACUCACAUGCGCGCGUGCUUACUGAGCGGCGGGGGCGGCGCGGGCGCGGACGCGAUGCGCGCGCGGCUCAACAUCAACCUGCGCGACCUGCGGGACACUUACGACGCGCUGCUCAAGCUCGAUCUACCAUCGCAGCCUCUCACCAUAGUGGAGAAGGUGAUAUUCGACUAUCGCGUGCACGGAAUGACGGUAUUCUUACAACGCGCCCACAAACGAGUAAAGGGCCUCGCCGAGAAAGAGACCUGGAAGAUUGAGGAGUUUUCCGACUACGGCGCCAUCACUAAUCUGCCCAACUUGCUUCUAACGUACGUGACGGAAGCCUUAUCGUCCAUCCAUAAAUGCGUACUUACAUCGGGUAGGCGUGAGGGCACUCUGCUAGCGGAAGGCAGCGAGCCGGCGAGUGCGGCCCAGAAACAGGUGCAGCAGAUACUGCUCGCGUUCGUGGCGGCGCUGCGGCAACUGGCGUUACAUCACGACGGCGAUCAGGACUUCAACAACACCAGUCUCUCGGUGGCGUUGGAUCAGCGGCUGGACGAGAGCCAGCCGGCCCGCGACACCGGCCACAGUUGGCAGCAACGCCUACUAGUGGCGGGUGCCAACGCGCAGUACACGCGGCGCGCCAUCCUGCCCGCGCUCGCCGCCGCCUGCGACCAAUACGGCUUCCCGAAACCGACGCAAGCUUUGCAAGCCACCAAAGAUUCGUUGAUCAGUCUAGAGUCCACUAUCGCUGAAACAUAUUUGGAGCAUAAAGGUGAUCCGUUAGUGGGCACUAUAGAGCCGAGCAUGUACAUGGGCUGCCAUCGCACUGACGCUGAUGUUCCCGUGGACGACGCAAGACCGUACGUCUACGAGAUUAUCAACAACUUGAUAGCGGUUCACGCUGAGGUGGACAGCGUUUGCGGCGCGGCGUCCGCUCGAUACGUGCGCGACAUCUGUGAGACGGUGUGCGAGGAACUGGCGCGCCUGUGGGCGUGCGCGCCGCCCCUGGGCAGUCGCGCCGCUGCCUUCCAAGCGCGCCUCGAGUAUACGCUGCUGCACCGCGCCGUCGCCCUGCACCUCACCAGGAGGGCUGAGAACCAUUUAAUGGAGGCUUUAGCAGGGAUACCGCCCCUAGAAACUGAAGAGGAUAAAAAGCGCAUGGAAGAAUUAAUAAAAGGGUUCGAGAAGAAAAUGGAAUUGCAGUUGGCCAGCCUUAAUUGCAACAUGGAAACAGUUUAGGUGUUUACUGUAUGUAUACAACAAAUUACUAUGUAAUACUAUUUAUGGUGCGUAUUGUAUGUAAUUGUAGUGUAAAGAAAACAGUAUAUUACUUAUAAACUUGUAAAUGAAAUUACAUUAUUAUAUUUUAAGAAAAAUUUAUUUAUAAUGAGAAAUAAAC